AUGGACAAAAACACUCACUCCCAACACAAUCCUGCCCAGAACAACACACCCAACCAACAUCAUGCCAUCCAAUACUCAUCCAGGUUCACAUCCGAGACCUCCAAGCCAGUCCCACUAGCUCACUUCAUGGGCGCACGUCGCGAUCUCAAAGGACCCGUACUCACCAAACAACGCGUAGAUGAGAAGGAGAUCAGGCCGGACGGAUGGGAACUGGCAGAGAAGAGGUUCCAGCAGGCUCAAGCCAGUGGUGGAGCUGGUGGUCUCAACUCACUCGCCAGCCUCUUGUCUGGUGGUAGCAGUGGAUCAAAUCUAUCGAGUCAUGCCGGGAACUUCACCAAGCGUGCCCUACCCGGGAUGGUACCACAGGAUCGAAUCAACAGUCAGGAUACUAAACAAGCGAACAAUAAUAAUAAUAAUAACCAACAGCGAGAUACUAAACCAUCCUUCUCAUCAAAGUUCGAUCACGACAAACCGAAAACAUUCUCCAAUCCUUCCUCUCAGUCUACAUCCAUCCCCACCACCACUACCUCGCAUGCUGCUUCAUUUCUCAAGCCAAAGUCGCUGGCCGAUCGAUUGGCUCAACUGGGCGUAACAAACGAAAUCAAGACCAACAUCCCACCCUCCCAUCCAGCCGCUUCCUCCCCAAGGGCAGACAAGUUUCCUUCAACCGAUCAAAUCAACAACCAACAACCUGAACCUGAGUCCAUCCAAGCCGAUCCUCCCAGAAAUUUCAAUCGGAUCACCAAAUCCAAUAGCGCCAUCUUCAACACCGCCCCACAACAAACCUUGCCGGAGGAAAAGUCAGAUCGCAAGGAGCAACGUCCACUCAGUGUUCAUAUCGCGCCUCCUCGGGACCCCAACCCUCGAACUAAAGCUUCUCCAAUCUUAUCAUCUCCUCAAACCAACACCCCCAGAGAACCCUUGAGCACCCGUCCUAAUGGUCCCUCACAACCCACCAGUGGCCCGUCUUACAAAAGAAAUAAUCGCCCCCAAUCAGCUUUCCCUCACGCCCCUCAUAUUUCCACCGAGGGCCCGACGACUCUCGGCGUCCCCAAUAAAGCUCUGACUGCCUCCUUGUCUCGUCUCGCUGGAUCUAAUAUCGUUGCUCAACGUCUCGAGUGGUCCAAACAGAAAGAGCAACUCGGUACGAUGGAUGAAUUUGGUAGCCCGCUCAUCAAGACCUCCCCCAACAGCACAUACUCAGCCCAUAAUUCACAAAUCCCCUCACCAGUUUUGCCUCCCCAGCCUAUCACUCAAAACCCCGUAUUCUCAGAGCGUUCCAAGAACGCAAUCGAGACUCCUGCUGAAGAGCCUUCUGGCGGCUUGUCACAAGCACGUCCCCAUUCCGUUCAAAGACAGAACACUGGCCCUAAGCACACCGAAUCAGCCCAGUACGACUUCCCCCUUACGCAUGUCUCACAAGAGUCGUGCUCGAGUCCCUCGGCGUCCCUCAGGCUCGUCUCCGCCAAGGCGCGUGCCGAGGCGGCCAAGGUGUGCUCUCCGCCCUUAGGAGGCACGAUUGCAAGCCGACAACUGCCCUCGAUCCCCUCCUUCUCGCCCCUGAUGAAGAAGGGCACCAGCGAGCUGGCUGCAGUCUGGGGCAGCCAGCUCUCCAACCCGACAAAGAAAGCCAUCGAUGGUGACCCUCUUCCCAAGAAGUCUCCUCACCCUCUUACAAGUCCUCUCAACGCUCACAGGCCUCUUCCCACUCCUCCAUCCGCUACCCUGCCUCCCGCUCGUCCCAGAACCGCAACUGCUCCCGAUAGUCGUCCCUUGCCCGUCCCUCCUGCGGCUGUCUCCGCUACUACCCCUCUCAGCCCCGAACCUCGGGCGAGAACCCGACCAUUGCCUACCCCUCAAUUCAAAUCCGAAUCAUCAUCUCUUUCAAAAGCUCUCAAAGAUAAGGAGGCCAAUGUCUAUCCUCAAUCCCAGAUCGAUGUAUCAAAGAUAUGGGCUUCAUACGAAGAGAAGCAAGAGAGUUUAUCGGCACUGGCACAGGCGGACAAGCUAGUGCAACUAGAGAUCUUCCAAUUGAACCGAACCCAGACGGAUGAGCUGAGUACGACGAUGCUAGACCGGGAGGAUUACGGGACGUUUUACAGCGAAGAGAGCUUGCUGAUCAUUUGCACGAUGAAAGGAUCGAAGAUGGUCUUGAUGGUAUGGCGGGGACGAGAGGUGAGGGAGGAGGAUGGGGGGACGGAGGGCCGGAUCGGCCGGUUGUUGAAGAAGUACGGCAUCGACCGUCAGGCUUCCUUGGUGAUCGUCAACCAGGGUUACGAGCCUCCCGAGCUCGUCCAAGCCUUAGGCGGUAGACUCUUACUCCGGACCGGCGACCGCUUCGACUCGGUCUACCAACGCGGCCUGUCCGCCGUCUUCACCUGCAAGAGCUUCCCACUCCCCUCCUCCUCGUUCCAUGAUCCAAACAGCCAACAAGAUGAACGCGUGGUUAUCAUCGAGGAACAUUUCCUUAACCAUCCUACCUCUGAUCCGGCCAUCACUCUCUGUACUGGCUAUCCUUCUCUCAUCAAGAUCUGUCUUCAACAACAGCCCUCUAAACUCGGCUUGUAUCUCUGGAACGGAAGGCUCUCCAAUCCACUCGAGCUCGAGGAAUGCAAACUGUUGGCCCAUCAAGUCCGUAACGAGGCCGGUGCUUAUAAGACUGAGCUGGAGGUCGUCGAGGAGGGCAAUGAGUCGGAUCGAUUUCUUUCCUUGUUAGGCGAUGUGAACUUUGCCCGCUCAUACCAUUGGCGGUACAAAGAACUGGUGCCGAUGCGGACGAUGAUUGUGGAUGCUCAUGGACAGCAAAUCGACCGGGUCUCAUUGAGCGACAUCUCGAUCCUCUGGACCGGGCUUGAGGUCUUCAUCCUUGUCCCCCCCUCGAUCACUAAUCCUAUCACAUCAUCAUCGUCGUCGUCGUCGAUGACGAUGUCGAUGUCGAUGUCGAUGGUCGAGAAGCAAGUCCGGAACGCACUCGGACUCGCUCGCUCCCUCGCUACUUCUUCUUCUUCCAUCGCUCACUCGCUCGAUCGCUUUCAUCAGCUUCCUAAACGCAUCCUCGCGACUCAUUGCUUACUCUUUCCUUCCAUCAUUCCCGUCGAUUUGCUGGCUUCGGUUAGGUUCGGAAACCAUCUCGAUCGGCUCAACGAAGGAUUCCCUAGGCCAAACUGUAUGAACUUAAUCAGUCUUGACGAAUUCUGUUCCGACCCUACUUCGUCUCUCACUUCGUCUUUAUCUGCGUUAUCUUUAUCGCAAAUAUAA